GUUGCUGCCAACCACUUCAUUCUUUCCCCCUUUUUUCUCCCUUUCCCUUUAUUUGCUUCCAAAUUUAUUUCUUUAGUUUACCUGUAGCAAGGGAUCUUCUUCCUUUCUUUUUCUGCUUCCAGUCACUACUCUUCUUACAUGGCUCUUGAGAAUCAAGCUCACUCUCAGGGAGUUGAGGGGAAAAUGGAGGCAGAGGUGAAGAAGGUAGAAGCAGAGGAAUCACCAUGUCCCGCUGAACCAGAAGUAAAGGCAGAAGUAAAACAAGUCGAGCCUCCUGCGGUCGAAGAAGUAAAAGUUGUUGAAGUGGAUGAGAAGCCGAAGGAUGAUGGCGAAGCUAACUUGGCGGUAAACAAGGUUGAAGAUGAUCUGGCUGCAGCAGAAGAGCCGACGAAGACUGAGGCUGCUCCAUCGGCUGAACCAGCUCAAGAAAAGAUCGAAAGCAAGAUAGUUGAACCUUUGGCCGAAACAACUGAAGAAAAGAUCGAUGGCAAGAUAGUUGAGCCUUUGGCCGAAACAGCUGAAGAAAAGAUCGAUGGCAAGAUAGUUGAGCCUUUGGCCGAAACAGCUGAAGAAAAGAUCGAUGGCAAGAUAGUUGAGCCUUUGGCCGAAACAGCUGAAGAAAAGAUCGAUGGCAAGACAGUUGAGCCUUUGGCUGAAACAGCUGAAGAAAAGAUCGAUAGUACAGUUGAGCCUUUGGCCGAAACAACUCAAGAAAAGAUCGAUGGCAAGAUAGUUGAGCCUUUGGCUGAAACAGCUGAAGAAAAGAUCGAUAGCAAGAUAGCUGAGCCUUUGGCCGAAACAACUCAAGAAAAGAUCGAUGGCAAGAUAGUUGAGCCUUUGGCUGAAACAGCUGAAGAAAAGAUCGAUAGUAAGACAGUUGAGCCUUUGGCUGAAACAGCUGAAGAAAAGAUUGAUAGCAAGACAGUUGAGCCUUUGGCCGAAACAGCUGAAGAAAAGAUUGAUAGCAAGACAGUUGAGCCUUUGGCCGAAACAGCUGAAGAAAAGAUUGAUAGCAAGACAGUUGAGCCUUUGGCCGAAACAGCUGAAGAAAAGAUUGAUAGCAAGACAGUUGAGCCUUUGGCCGAAACAGCUGAAGAAAAUAUCGAUAGCAAGACAAUUGAGGAAAAGAUCGAAAGCAAGAUAGUUGAGCCUUCCAUUGGAUCGGCUGAAGAAAAGAUCGAAAGCAAGAUAGUUGAGCAACCGGUUGAAGAAAAGAUCAAAAGCGCGGAAGUUGAGCAACCGGUUGAAGAAAAGAUCAAAAGCACGGAACUUGAGCCACUGGCUGAAGAUAAGAUUGAAAGCGAGCCAGUUGAGCCACUUUCUGAAGAGAAGAUCGAAAGCAAGCUAGUUGAGCCUUCGGCAGAUCUGUCCGUUAAAAAGAUCGAAGACAUAUCUGUGGAGCCUUCUCUAGCCAAAGAUCCAAAGAAAACUGAGGUUGCUGAAUUAACCGAAAAUAAGCUAGAAGAUAAGCCUGCGGAGCCUCCAAUAGUAGAGGAAAAGAAAAUCAAGGAUGCGCCAAUUGUGGAGCAUCUUGAUAAAGGCAAAGAAGAAGUUGCAAAGGCAGCUGUUGCUGAACCGGAUACCGUUAGCAUUUCAGGACAAACUGAUGUAAAAGUAGAGGAAGAAUCGACACCGGCCAAGGCUGUUGAGACACAAGUGAAGGAAGUGCCUACAGACAUUGUUGAAGCAGUCGAGGAAAAAGGGGCGGAAGAAUCUGAGGUUGUCGAGCAGAUUGAUAAGAAUAUUCCAGAAGUUGCGCCCGUAGAAAAGGAAGCUGAACUGGAGUCGAAUGCAGCUGUUAAAGAACUCGAGAAAGAUGCUGAAGCUAAAGUCGAGGAAGAGAAGCAAAUCGACAAAGUAUUGGAUGAAAGUGUGGAGGCAACCAAAAGCAAUGCAGAUGAAGCGAAGAUUGACGUUGGAAAUGCAGAAUGCGAUAAGGAAGAAAAGGAAACGAAGACUACAGAGACAGAGGAUGAUGUUUUGAAGGAAGAUGUUCCGGUGAAGAGUCAGAAGCCAUCGAUUGUUAAGAUGAUGAAGCAGUCGUUGGUGAAGGCGAAGAAGGCGAUCAUCGGAGGAAAGUCGCAGAACUCGAAAGCAGGAUGAUGACAGGCAGGUUUAAGAGGUUAUAGCAAGAGAAAAGGAAAAGCUUCUUCAAGUUUGAGAAUCGUAAGUUAAAUUGUUAUAUACUUCGAUUUGUUGUGUUGUGAUUGAUUUUGGUUUUGGUUUUGGUUUUGGUUUGUUAGUGUCUUUUGGAUUGAUGAUUUCAUUGGUGAUGUAUUAUUAUUACUAGCUGUCAUUCAUUUGGUGUGGUGUAUUUUUAUGGAAGAAGAAGAUAGACUAUAUAUUUUUAUGGA